AAAUUCAACACUCUCUCAUUGACCUCCAUGCAAAACCUCUUCACUUCGUGGGCAGAUUUUGGGCGGAGUAAAACCUCUCGCCUCUUCCUCUCUGGCUUUAACAACUUCAGUGGAAUAACGAAAGGACAAAGAGGAUACGAUCUAGAUUCUAGACAAACCUUCUUUAUAACCAGAAGAAUCGUUAAACAGUUGGAAGGGCGAAGACAGAAUUAUGAAUCUUCCGGAGGUGAAGGCGUGAGUGGAGCCGGUCUCCCACGGACAGCCCAGCAUGGACAGCUUCUUCAAGGCUGCUGUGUGCGACCUGAACAAGCUGCUGGAUGAUUUUGAGCUCAAUACGGAUGAGCAUGAGUGCAGAUCAGUCUCCCUGUCGCCUCCCUCACAUCCCGGCCACUCUCUGGGCGCCCAGGGUUUCCUUCCGGAACCCUCCAAAGUUCCAGUUCCACACUCUCUCCCUGACCUCAACUCCCUGCACUACGGCUCUGCUUCCAGCUCCCCCGACCAUCCUAGCCCCAGUUCUGUGGCGUGUGAGACCAAGGCCCGGCCCCUCACUGGGGUGGACCUGCUCUCCUCUGUAGAUGGCCGGGGGUCAGCUAAGAGCUCUGCACCGCCCUGCCCAGACCGGGCCCUGAAGCCUGUGUGUGAUCUGGUCAGUGACACAGGCUCAGCCCACCUCCUCCAGGCCAACAGCCACACCGCCUUCAGUAAGCUGGAUGUGGCAGAGAGCCGGCUGGAGGAGGAGCUUCUGGUGGACUUCACCAGCCCCGUGGUGGCUUUGCCUAGGGAAGCCUCAGCAGGCCUGGGUCUGGGUCCUGGACAUGGGAGUACUGAGGGGAGGGAGGCUCUUGGCGGGGGAGGGGAGGUGCUGCUGGGGCUGGACUCUGGUGGUUAUGCUGCCUCUCUCAGUCUGCUCGAUGUGAUUUUGCCAGCUGCUGUGGAGAGAGCCUGUGAGCCCACAAAUCCCCCCUCGCUGAGAAACUCUGAGUCUGGAGAGACGGAGGGAGAGGAGGCGGGCAUAGAGGUGUCACUUAUCAACUGUCAACUGGAGAACUCACCUGACCACCAGGACCAGCCUGUAGUCCUGCCUGUUGCCAUGGACACCAAGACAGAGGACACUCCCACGUGUGAUAUCGCCACAGAUGUCAGGGAUGAGAGCGAGGGGUACUCUGAGCUGGCUGAAGCAGAAAGUUCUGGGAGCUGCACUGGACAGGAACCUAACUCUGAGGACUGCAGUGGCUUUGUGUCUGAGAGCCCCUCAGCCCUGUCCUGCCUGCCCAUGGCCGUGUCCAUGUGCAGGGCCCUGGUGGCCUCCAAGAACCCUGAAGAGGCCAUGGGAGGAGGGUUAGAGGUAGCUGAGGCUGUCCCAACUGAGAACUUAGAGGCAGAGUCCCUGUCUGCAUCUGAGGUGCAGGGGGAAGUCAGUCUCCCAGAGAACCCUGGGACUGUGGAGGAUUGUACCAGCCCUGAUUCUGCCCCUGAAGACCUCUCUGUCCAGUCCCCUAAUACAGAGAGCCCAGAGAUGACAACUAUGCCUUUCCACCUGGCUGUCUCAGCUCCUCCCGUCUCCCAGGUCAGCUUCUCUCAAGUGGAGGUCCAGCCGGCCCCCAUGUCUCCAGAGCGACCUGCGUCCCCUCCCUCAGAGCCCAGCCUAAGCCCGGUGGACCCCCCUGAGUUUGGCUUUGAGUACCUGCCGGAGAGUGACCAGGCUGGGCUGCUGGUGACGGAUGAGGAGCUGGAUGCUUUCCUCCGUGGGGAGGCUCAAGGUGAGGAGGACCAGGGAGUCCCUCACUGCGAGAGGCCCGGGGAGAACCUCCAGGACGAGGGCUUCUCUGAGCUCAAUGGGGACCUGGAGGAGCGGCUGGUGGAGGAGGAGCUGCAGAGCUACAGCCGGAGCCGAGGGGAGGGGUUGGCCUACCAGGAUAGCGACAGGACCUCGUCCGCGUCUGCAGAGGGAAGUGUGAGCUUAGCCCCCUCCAUGCCCUCCCAGGACCCCAGUAGUCCCAGUAACCUCCCACCACCCUACUUUGGAGGGGCCCGACCCAAACAGCUGCACUGCCAAGCAACCAGGGCACCUCCAGCAGUAGGGGAGGACCAGGGGCCCAGUAGCCCCACAGAUAGCACAGAAGCUGGGGAGGAGGUGGACCAGAGCCCCUCUCCUCCCAGCCCCAAUCUUGCUCAGGACCCCUCUAAACUGGGUGUGCCCUGCCCAGGGUACUCCCCAACAGAGCCCUACGUGAGCAGUGUGGGGUACAACGAGCUGUCGGAGCCCCCACCCUACCCCGGUGAGCCUGCUGAGGAGGGGUCUGGGUCCUCAGAGGGGAGGGAGGUGGAGGAUGAGAAUGGGCUGGGGUGCAAGCAACCCCCCUGGGUGCCAGAUUCGGAGGCUCCCAACUGUAUGAACUGCUGGCAGAAGUUCACGUUCACCAGGAGGAGGCACCACUGCCGGGCCUGUGGGAAGGUGUACUGUGCCAUGUGCUGCAACAGGAAAUGCAAGCUGAAGUACCUGGACAAGGAGGCCCGGGUGUGUGUCAUCUGCUUCGAGACCAUACACAGAACCCAGGCUCUGGAGCGUAUGAUGAGUCCGACAGGUCCGAGCCCGAACCCCAACGUCCCGUCAGAGUACUGCAGCACCAUCCCCCCCCUGCAACAGGCCCGGGCUGCAGGCACCCUCAACUCCCCUCCGCCCACCGUCAUGGUGCCCGUCUCCGUGCUCAAAACCCCCUGCAGCGACGGUUGUCCUCGUGAGCAGAAGCGUGUGUGGUUUGCAGAUGGCAUCUUGCCCAACGGAGAGGUGGCCGACACCACCAGGCUAUCUGUGACUGGCAGAAGGAGUUCCCAGGAGUCCAGCCCUGUCACGCCAGACCCCCCUACGGCUGGCAGCAGAGUAUCCCCUGGCUUUGCAGCGGUGUCUGAGGGUGGUAUGUUGGCCCCUGAGGUCCCAGCAAAGUUGGAGGUUGUGCGACCCCCAGUGUCAGGGCCCUGGGACUACAGCCUGCUGUGUGGGCUAGGGAGCUGCGUAGAGAGGAGCCCCAGUCUGCUGCCAGAGGAUGACGAGGGCCUGCCACCUCUACUCAUCACCACCGGAGAAGAGGAGGGGGGAGGAGAUCUAUUGGUGGAGGAGCGACCUGCCCCCUGCCAGAUCCUGCUCCUAUUGGAGGAGGGAGGCCCACGACCUUUAACUUUUGUCCUCAACGCCAACCUGCUGGUCAAUGUCAAACUAGUCAGCUACUGCAGUAGGAAGUGCUGGUGUCUGGGCUCCAGUGGUCUACAGACAGUAGGGCAGAGGGAGGUAGUGUUCAUCCUGGAGUGUCUAUCUGAGGAGAGAUCUCUGCCCAAAGACCUGUUCACGCUGUACCUCUCCAUCUACCAGGACGCACAGAGGGGGAAGUUUGUGGAGGAGCUGGGCAACGUGGCGUUCACAGGUAGUUUCCUGGGGAGUAAGGAGCACGGCGGGGUGCUGUUCUUCUCCCCUACCUUUCAGGCCCUGGAGGGCCUCUGUCUGCCUCCACAGCCCUUCCUCUGUGGCCUGCUCAUCCAGAGGCUGGAGGUGCCCUGGGCCAAGGUCUUCCCCCUUAGACUGCUUCUACGGCUGGGAGCAGAACACAGUGUGUACCCCAGUACGCUGGUCAGCGUCCGCUUCAGAGAGACUGUGUUCAGAGAGACCGGACACACCAUCAUGAACCUGCUGGCUGACCUGAGGAACUACCAGUACAGUCUGCCUGCCGUGGAGGGCCUGAGGAUCCACAUGGAGAUGGGCCACAGCUACAUAGACAUUCCCAAGAGUAGCUUUACUGAGAUGCUGAAGGUGGUGAACGCAUCUAACGAGCAUGUGAUCAGUGUGGGCGCUGGCUUCAGCUCGGCGGCCGAUUCCCACCUGGUCUGUUUCCAGAAUGACGAGGGCAACUACCAGAGCCAGGCCAACAGCCAGCCUGGAAAGACACGCACAGUUACGGGGGCCAGCUUCGUGGUAUUCAACGGUGCUCUGAAGGCUUCGUCGGGCUUCAUCGCCAAGUCGAGCAUCGUGGAGGACGGUCUGAUGGUGCAGAUCCCCCCAGAGACCAUGGAGGCCCUGCGCGCCGCCCUGAGGUCGCAGACGGACUUCCACAUCCCCUGUGGCAAGGCCGACGGAGGGGAGCUCCGGGACAACAUCACCGUGCGCUGGGUCGACUGGAGUGCUCCCGUCAACGCUGGUGUAGCCAGUGGUGUGGACGGGAAGCCUCUGGAGGGGGUCCACAGUGUGAGGAUUCAGCAGGACACAGAGUUUGAGUCGGACGGACGCACCAUCAGGUGUACUGAGGUGUUCUACGUGUUGAAGGAUCCAGACGUGAUCCUGUCUGCGGUGCUGCCGUCCUGCUGUGUGUUCCAGAGGGAGAUGGCUGUGGCCAGCUGUAGUGCUCUGACCCCUCACCUCUCUGUCCUGUCAGCCAGCGGCAUCAACUCCCUCGCCCUCCGAGUCUCCACACAAACAGACAUGGUGGAGUACCAGGCGGGUUCGGGAGGCAGGCUCCUACCCCAGCGCUAUAUGAACGAGCUGGACAGUGCUCUGAUCCCUGUCAUCCACGGAGGCUUGGCCAGCGUGCCGCAGACGGCCAUGGACAUGGAGUUUAUCUUCUACAUCACACACACCGUUUAACACACACACACACACACACACCAUUUAACACACACACCAUUUAACACACACACACACACACACCACACACACACACCAUUUAACACACACACACACACACACAGUCUCACACAUGGAAACACACACACACAGUCUCACACAUGGAAACACACACACUUUUAAACACACACAGUACAUGCAAAUACGAACACGCAUAUAAACACGCAAGUUCAGUUGCACACACACACAAACUUUUAGACACACGCAGCUUGGAUGUCUUUGCACAGAGAAAAACGCUAGAGCUCAGAGGACCAUGGACAAGCUGGCAGAACCUGAGGACACAAACAGCCAUUAAGACGUGGCUUGUGACCGGUCUGAGGAGACAUGCACAGCCAAUCAGGCGUAGCUAACGACUGAACUAAAGACACGUCCGCCAACGGCAGGACAUUCCCACAUAAUCUCUCACUGGAGGCCAGAGGCCUUUGUCCCUGGAUGGACACUGGAACAAUGACGUGACUUUCUGUCUAAGAAAAGUCCCCAACGCUGCUUUAACACACAAGGCCAAACACUAAACACAUAACAACGACCAAAAAAAACCAACCCAAACUAUCCUGACUAUUCUCAUCUCUUCCUCUUCUGCCUUCUUGGCUCCUUGCUGGUAUCUGUCUGUCAGCCAGUCAAGGAGCACCUUGAUGAAUGUUUCCAACAAACAAAGAUGUAUUCACUGUAUAUUUAGAAUGACCACAUGGUAAGAAAAUUAUGAAUUAUUAAUGAUGUUACUUGAUUGACCGCUGUACACCACACUUGAGAAGAGCAGCACGAGACUCUUGUCGACGUGAAAGGUUAAUCGUCAUUUGAGGAUGUGAAUGCUAUUUUAGAAUGAGGAAAUAGCCUGUGUGGCAAUUCUGAAGUAGCUUCUCGUAAGCCUGCCAUUCUAGAAUGACGUUUCAAACUUCCUCUCUCUUCAUCAGAGUGUGCAGCCGCGUCUUCCAUGUGGAAGACCAGUGGUAUCUGGAUGUUAUGUGGGAAGGUCCCUGACACAACUCACUGUCCCUUCUUGUCCAAAUGUAUAGAAGGUAAUGUCGCAUAUACAAAUUGUAUUGAGAUUUUUUUUUUAAAGAUUUAAAGUACUAUUUUUGGAAACAGUUCCUUAAAUGGAAUCAAAGUUUAUAUUUUCGAUAGGAUGUUGGCUAGCUGAGUCACUUUCGCAGGUGUAGUACCGAUAAAUUCAGAGGAGCACAGAGAAAAAUAUGUGAAGAGUUCCCUUUAGUCCCCUUGAUGUCAACUGAAAUGUAACAUACCAGUGGGAUUAGUCCACCAAGUCGAACCAAAUACUGCUACAAAACAUGAACAUUUGCAAAAAAAAUAUAUAAAUAAAAAGCAUUGAUUCACUUUCCUAUUUGGAAAGAUGAGACUCAUGAACACGAUGGUGUUCUCCAUUUUGAUCUACGUCCCCCACAAGCAUCUUGGCACUUGGCUGAAGUCGGUACAGACAGUUUGGGCUACACACUAAUAGGACCCCUCUGUGUAAAGGUGAGACUCAAGACCACGCACGUGUCAGUUGUUUUCCUCUAGUACGCCCACAGGCCUCACCAGACUUGUCUGAAGGUACCUGGUACCAGUCAACAAAAUUGUAUUCAGACCCUUUUCUUUCACAUUUAGUUAGGUUACAGCUUUAUUCUGAAAUUGAUUCAAUAAAAUGUUUUCCUCAUCAAUCUACACAACACCUCAUAAUGACAAAGCCAAAACAGGUUUUUAGAAAUAACAUACCUUAUUUACAUAAGUAUUCAGACCCUUUACUAUGAGGCUCGAAAUUGAGCUCAGGUGCAUCCUGUUUCUAUUGUUCAUCCUUGAGAUGUUUCUACACCUUGAUUGGAGUCCACCUGUGUUAAAUUCAAUUUAUUGGACAUGAUUUUGGAAAGGCACACACCUGUCUAUAUAAUGUCCCACAGUUGGCAGUGCAUGUCAGAGCAAAAACCAUGCCAUGAGGUCGAAGGAAUUAUCCGUAGAGUUCCGGGACAGGAUUGUGUUGAGGCACAGAUCUGGGGAAGGGUACCAAAACAUUUCUGCAGCAUUGAAUGUCCCCAAGAACACGGUGGCCUCGAUCAUUCUUAAAUGGAAGAAGUUUGGAACCACCAAGACUUUUCCUUCCUAGAGCUGGCCGCCUCGCCAAACUGGCCUGAAUGCCAAGGGUCACGACUGGAGGAAACCUGGGACUGUGAGACUACAGAGAGAUCCUUGAUGAAAACCUGCUCCAGAGUGUUCAGGACCUCAGACUGGGACGAAGGUCCACCUUCCAACAGGACAAUGACCCUAAGCACAUAGCCAAGACAACACAGGAGUGGCUUUGGGACAGGUCUCUGAAUGUCCUUGAGUGGCCCAGCCAGAGCCCGGACUUGAACCCGAUCUAACAUCUCUGGAGAGACCUGAAAAUAGCUGUGCAGCAACACUUCCCAUCCAACCUGACAGAGCUUGAGAGGAUCUGUACACCCCCACAUUGUAUCACCUCAAUGCUUCCAUAUAUGGUAGUGUUAUAUGUUCUAGUUCCCAUGUCCUGUCCAGCAGUAACAGGAUGUGCUGCAUAAAUAACAGGAUGUCCUGUCCAGCAGUAACAGGAUGUGCUGCAUAAAUAACAGGAUGUCCUGUCCAGCAGUAACAGGAUGUGCUGCAUAAAUAACAGGAUGUCCUGUCCAGCAGUAACAGGAUGUCCUGUCCAGCAGUAACAGGAUGUGCUGCAUAAAUAACAGGAUGUCCUGUCCAGCAGUAACAGGAUGUGCUGCAUAAAUAAAUGACUGAUUUAAAGGUGGCUGCUGUAUCCUCACUAGCACAUUGCUUAGCUUACCUGGUAGUUUCUGUCCUCAGUGAUUCUACAUUUUCUAUUGUGAGGACUGCCCUGUCUUGUUGAAAUGUCAAUCACUUACAGAAUCUUAUGUAUUUAGGCCCCAGACCUGGGAGAAUGUACAGUAUUUAGGCCCCAGACCUGGGAGAAUGUACAGUAUUUAGGCCCCAGACCUGGGAGAAAUGUACAGUAUUUAGGCCCCAGACCUGGGAGAAAUGGGUAGUUUGUCUAAGAGAGUGAUUUCAUAAGAAAACCUGGUGGUUAAUGGCAAGGUUAAGGUCAUGUUUAAUCUUCUUAAGGUUUGGGUUUAGGUGAUAUGUGGUUACGGGUAACUGCUGCCGUGACUCAUGUAUGUGCUAUAAGCUGACUGUGAAUUGGGAUUUAGUCAACAUAUUUUGAUUUUUAUAUUAAACAACUGAGAUAUUUAAGUUCUUGUUCUUGAGUUCCAACUGUUAGCUAAAGUAAAUGCUUCAUUGAGAGAUGGAGAGCGUGAGAAUAGUUUUCAAGAAAUGUACAUGAUGAUAGAUUUUCUGUCAUUUUGUAUCAGGAGUAUAAUUUGUUUUCGAGGUAAAAAAAAAAAUGUAUUCUUCUCACUAUGAGUGAUUUAAGAGAACUUUACAAUUAGUAAACUUUCCAAUUCAAAAAAUAAUAAUCCAAUUCAAAGUAUAUUUUUGCUUUAAAAAAAAAAAAGGUUAAAAUGUAUUGUUUUAUGUAAUUCACCCGUAUUUAUUCAUUAACACCAGCUUUAUUUGGUAAACCUGGUAUCUGGGUCUCAUUGAGCUCUUCAAACAAUAUUCAUUUAUAAAUAUUUCACCUUUACUAAAUAAAAUCAUAGCUUUAUGUAAA